AUGUCCCUCAAGCGCAAGGCGAUCGAUGGCGUGCAGGCGUCAGAGCGCGGAGCCAAACGAGCCAGCGCUGGUCCGUCGACGCCCUCGAGCUACAUGAGCGACUCGGACUAUGCAGGCUCUGAUCAUCCUGAUUCCGAUGCUGACCAGAGCGAGAGUGAGCACAUCAAGAAGGCUCGUGCUAAACUCGACUUCAGCUCCAUAACUCCCAAGCAGAGUCAUAACUCAUCUCGUUCUUUUGGUGUCAAGGACUUCGCAUGGCAGAAGCUAAAACCAGAUCAUGCCAAUCGACCAAUAUGGAUCGAUCCCGCAGUCUUGCCUGGCUCACGGAAGGGGCCCAAGUUGACUCUCGAGAUAUUCUCUCCGCUAGGCCAACAAGCCACCGAUCUGCUGACUACCAUCGCCGAGCCUCAAUCGCGUCCGAGUCAUAUGCAUGAGUAUCGCUUCUCCGAACACAGCCUGUACGCUGCCCUUUCCGUAGGUCUCAAAGGCAAUGAUAUCAUAAGAGCACUGGAGAAGUUCUCCAAGACACCCGUUCCCGAUACCGUCAUCGAAUUCAUACAGCGCCAUACGAAGGCCUAUGGCAAAAUCAGAAUGGUGCUGAGAGAUAAUCGCUUCUUCGUUGAAUCAGAAGACCGGGCUCUCAUAGAAGAGCUGCUCCGCGACCCAGUCAUUGGGCCCUGCGCCAGAAGUCAGAUUGAGUCGGGCACACUCGAGGCUCGAGCUGCUGUCAUACAGGGGACAAAAGAAGCCACAGCCGUCAGACAAGCACAGACUCAGAACGAGCCGGCUCCACGACCCGAGCCUCGGCUUACACAGCAACAGUCCGUCAUUGACGACUUACUGGAUGAAGAAGGUGAAGAGGAAGAUGAUGUGCGGCAGUUGGUCAAUCAGUUCGAGAUCGAGAACGGAAAGAGAGAUAUCGUCGCAAAACAGUGUCUAGACAUCGGCUAUCCCGCAGUGUCAGAGUAUGACUUUGAGGGCGAUACUGUCAAUCCCAACCUGCCCAUCGAUCUCAAGGCCAGCACUCAGAUCCGGCCAUAUCAAGAAAAGGCUCUGAGCAAGAUGUUCGGCAACGGUCGUGGCAAGAGUGGUAUUAUUGUGCUCCCUUGCGGCGCAGGCAAGACCCUGGUCGGCAUCACUGCAGCAUGCCAUAUCAAGAAGAGCGUCAUGGUUCUCUGCACAAGUGCUAUGUCCACGCAUCAGUGGGCCAAUGAGUUUCGGAAAUGGUCCGAGAUUGAUGAGCAGGACAUCGCCGUCUUCACAGCUAACGACAAGAAGCAGUUCGCCAGGGACUCUGGGGUUCUAGUCAGCACCUACAGUAUAGUCACAAGCUCCGGCAAACGUGCGCACGACACUCAGAAAAUGAUGGACUGGAUCAUGAGCAGAGAAUGGGGUCUCAUGAUCCUCGACGAAGUCCACGUCGUACCAGCGAGAAUGUUCCGAAAGGUCGGAGCUAUCAGCGCUCACUGUAAGCUAGGCUUGACGGCAACCCUUCUUCGAGAAGAUGACAAGAUUGGCGACCUCAAUUUCCUGAUCGGCCCCAAACUAUACGAAGCUAAUUGGAUGGAACUCGCGGACCAAGGCCACAUUGCUAAGGUACAGUGUGCCGAAGUGUGGUGUCCUAUGUCAAUGGAGUUCUACCAAGAAUACCAAAGGGAAACGAACCGCCGACGAGCCCUGUACUACAUGAUGAACCCUAUCAAAUAUCAAGUCUGCCAAUUCCUCAUCGACUACCACGAAAAGCGAGGCGACAAAAUCAUCGUCUUCAGCGACAACAUCUUCGCUCUCGAGCACUACGCAAAAUCCAUGGGGAAAUACUUCAUCAGCGGCCAAACGUCCAACAACGAGCGAAUCGACGUCCUCAACAAAUUCCAAAACGAAGACAGCGUCCGAACUCUCUUCUUAUCGAAGGUUGGUGACACCUCCCUAGACCUGCCCGAAGCAACUUGCCUCAUCCAGAUCUCAUCACACUAUGGCUCCCGAAGACAAGAAGCUCAGCGCCUAGGCCGUAUUCUCCGAGCCAAGAAGCGCAACGAGGAAGGUUUCAACGCAUUCUUCUAUAGUCUAGUUAGCAAAGACACGAACGAGAUGCACUACAGCGCCAAGCGCCAGGCGUUCCUCGUCGAUCAAGGCUACGCCUUCAAGACCAUCGUGCAUCUCGCAGGAAUGUCUGAGAUGGUUGGUCUCCGCUAUCGCACCAAACAAGAGCGCAUGGAGUUGCUAAGCCAGGUAGCGCUGCAGAGCGAGACGUCGGCUGAUAUUGAGAAGGUUGUGGAUGAUAACCUGUGGGGAGGUUUGAAUGCGGCGAAUCCGAAGGGUGGCAGUGGGAAGGUGAAGCGGCAGACGGGGCUGUUGGCGGAUGCGAGUGGCGGAGGGGUCAUGGCGCCGCUGUAUAGAGAGCAGGAAAGUAGGAGGGGUGGAAAGAAGCAGAAGGGGCCGGACAGUGAGUGGUUCAAGAAGGAGGCGCGGAGGAGGGAAGCGCAUAGGAAAAAGCGGGCUGCUGCUGAAGGAAAUUAA